GAAGAUCUAAGAAGAUCUUAUCGUUGGAUGAACUAUUUUCAAAUAUGUCCUCUUAGGAGCCUGUGGUCUCUGCCUGCUCGGAUCCCAGUUAACAAGAAGGCCUGCCCACCAGGUGUUGCUAACUGCUCGUUGUCUUUUUCUUGGGACCAGGCUACAGCCCAGGCCCAGAAUUCUUACCGAUUCUUCUCCUGAUCUUUCUUCAUUCAUGUAGCAGCGUUUGGCAAAGGAGUGAGUCGAUUGGAGGGCAACAGAAACCAACUCUGGACAAAUAGCUGAGGUACAGAAUAGAAAUCAAAGGAAUAACAGAGGAGCUGAGACCAACAGGAGGAUUGAAUGAGGACCUCACAAGAAGAACAUGUGGAUUUUCUUUUUAGACAUGGGUGUCCUUCUCCACCACGCUACUCCUCAAUCCCCCAGUGAAAACUGUUUUGAGAAUGUCAGCCAAGUCCAAGGGGACCCCCUCCUCGCCCUGUCCAGCCGAGGGACCGCCGGCAGCCUCCAAAACCAAGGUGAAGGAACAGAUCAAGAUCAUCGUGGAGGAUCUGGAAUUAGUCCUGGGCGACCUGAAGGACGUGGCCAAGGAACUUAAGGAGGUGGUUGACCAGAUUGACACCCUGACCUCUGACCUACAGCUGGAGGAUGAGAUGACCGACAGCUCCAAGACGGACACCCUGAACAGUAGCUCCAGCGGCACCACCGCCUCGAGCAUCGAGAAGAUCAAAGUGCAGGCCAACGCCCCUCUCAUUAAACCCCCCGCACACCCGUCCGCCAUCCUCACCGUCCUGAGAAAGCCAAACCCUCCGCCGCCUCCCCCACGGUUGACACCUGUGAAGUGUGACGACCCCCAAAGAGUGGUGCCAGCCGCCAACCCCGUGAAGACCAAUGGAACCCUUCUGCGAAACGGAGGCUUGCCAGGCGCACCGAACAAGAUUCCCAACGGAGACAUCUACUGCGUCCCCACCGGUACCUUGGACAAGGCUUCAGCGCAGCCUCUGAUGCACAGACCUGAAAAAGACAGGUGUCCCCAGGCAGGACCUCGGGAACGAGUUCGGUUUAAUGAAAAAGUGCAGUACCAUGGCUACUGUCCCGACUGUGACACCCGGUAUCACAUAAAAAACAGGGAGGUCCACCUACACAGCGAACCUGUCCACCCACCGGGAAAGCUUCCUCACCCAGGCCCCCCUCUCCCUCCUCCACCCCAUCUCCCUUCUUUUCCCCUAGAAAAUGGGGGACUGGGAAUAAGCCACAGCCACAGCUUCCCCCCUCUCAGACCUGCAACUGUGCCUCCUCCCACUGCACCAAAACCACAGAAGACGAUCUUGAGGAAAUCAACCACUACAACAGUGUGAUGUAUGCCAUUUCAAAAAGUUUUUGUUUUUUUUUUUAUUUCUAUAUUAUAAACAUAAAAUAAUAAGUAAUGAGCACUUUCUACUCAAGCAAUAAAAAGCCCAAAUAUAUUAAUUCUGCAUUCAGCAAAGUGGCAUAAAAACCACCUGGUAAGUAUGCAGUAUGUUGUUUCUCUCCCACGCAUACGUUAUUUAAAAAGUUGCAUCAUCAGAAACCAACAGAACCAAGCAAAAGCUGAAUGUAUUGUGUUUGUUUUGUUGUUGUUUUUUUAACUGACUGCUGAUAAACAGUGACCUGCAGAUUUCAAACAGUUCAAUUUACUAUAAGUGAUGGAAUUAGAUUCAUUUUAUUCAGGCCUAACUCACCUAUGCAUUAAAAACAUGUCAUUCUCCUCCCUUUGACCCAAUGCUUUUUAGGAAGAAAUUUUAAUACUGAAGGACUAUUUUGUUAUUUUUUUCUAAAGAUGUUUGUCACUAGUUUUACAUUAUUAAAUGCCAAGAACGAUACCAAAAAGUUUAUUUUCUAUACUAUACAAUGAUGAUUAUCUGUUCAGCUUUCUAUGUAAUGGAAGAUUCUGUCUGUGGAAAUAUCACGUGUCAGUCAAUAAACAAUAGUACAUAAUGGCAAAAGCAAAUGUUCCUCAGAAUUAACAUGCAGAAGUGGUUCAUUUCAUCCCAUGUUAGUAUUCACCGAAAUGGGUCGCUCUCCUGACAGAGUUUGGAGAAGAUUACGAUGAGCAUAUGCCAGAAUUUUCUAAAUUAAAUAUCAUAAUCAGGUCAUAAAUCGUACCUUACUCAUUUUCAUAUCAUGUAUUGUGGUCUCCCCCAGACUGUAUAUUGAAAGUCUCAUUGAUCCAAUACAUGGCCAAGCCCUUUAGACCCUCCUCACACUGAGCAUUCCUCUAGGACACACCAUGAGCCAGUAUGUUGAAGCAGUGGGUUGAUUUGCCUCCUGCAUCAGCAAGCUCUUUGUCUCCCCAAGGAAAUCCCUAGUUAUAAGAGAAUUACAGCAGAAAAUAAAGAUGCUUCUGGAAUAGGAUGUUUUUAGUGCCAGCGUUAACACUGUUUCCCCUCAGAGUUGAAAUAGAAGGAAGAGAAGAAAUCCUUUCCUCAUAACAUCUUAAAAAAGAUCCCUCUUAAGUCUAACUUGCCAACUUACAUCACUUACCCACCCAUGGACCAAGUUAACUUCCCAACUACUGUGAUUUGGACUGAUCUGAUACCUUGUGAACUAGAAAUGAGUUUAUCUGUCCUAGAAUUAUGAAAACAGGUGCAUGCCUGAACAAAAGUUGUCCAUGAAGUGGCAAGAGUAGAGGGAGUCAUCUUUGGUGGAAAUUGGUUUAUUGUGCAGCUUAAUAAAGAAUGCUAUACUCUUUUAGAC